AUGACACCCAGGCAUAUCUCGGGGCAAGAGGUCGCGGAGCACAACAGCCGCGAGAGCUGCUGGAUCAUCGUCCAUGGCAGGGUUUACGACGUGACGGACUUCUUGGAUGAGCACCCAGGCGGUAGCAAAAUCAUUCUUAAGUACGCCGGGAAGGACGCUACCGCGGAAUACGAUCCCAUUCACCCUCCUGAUGCUAUCACGAAAAAUCUGCCGCCAGAGAAGCACCUGGGCAGCGUCGACCCGGACACGGUGCUCAGAGUUGAGGUUGAAAUUACGGAUGAGGAGAGGGAUCGUCAGCUGCGCAUGGCUCAACGACCGCCACUCUCCGAGAUCCUCAACCUGCACGACUUUGAGACGAUCGGCAAGCUCGUCAUGUCCGAGAAGGCGUGGGCUUACUACAGCUCCGCCGCUGACGAUGAGAUUACACACCGGGAGAACCAUGCAGCGUAUCACAGAGUAUGGUUCCGCCCUCGCAUACUCCGCGACGUCACGCACGUGGACUGGUCAACGAAGAUACUCGGACAACCAACGAGAAUGCCGGUGUACAUUACUGCGACCGCAUUGGGCAAAUUGGGUCACAAAGAUGGCGAGUUGAACUUGACGAGGGCCGCUGCGAAACACGGGGUUAUCCAAAUGAUCCCAACUCUUGCUUCAUGUUCGUUCGACGAGAUCGUCGAUACGGCACAACCCGGCCAAGUCCAGUUCCUGCAACUGUACGUUAACAGGGACAGGGAGAUUACGAGGAAGUUCGUGCAACACGCGGAGAAGCGCGGUGUCAAGGCGCUGUUUAUCACUGUAGAUGCUCCCCAGCUUGGGCGACGUGAAAAGGACAUGCGCAUGAAGUUCGAGGCGGAGGACCCUGCUGAGGUGACUGAUAACAAGCAGCAGGACCGUGUGGACCGUUCUCAUGGCGCGGCACGCGCGAUCAGCUCUUUCAUCGACACCAGUCUGGACUGGAAGGAUAUACCCUGGUUCCAGUCCAUCACGAAGAUGCCUCUUAUCCUCAAGGGUGUACAGUGCUGGGAAGACGCGUUGGAAGCUUAUGACAGAGGCCUCGCUGGUGUCGUGCUCUCAAACCACGGUGGCCGACAGCUCGACUUCGCGCGUUCCGGUAUUGAGAUUCUCGUCGAAGUGGUUCCGAAACUAGGGGAGAAGCGCGGCCUAAAGUUCCCCAAUGAGAAAUUCCAGCUCUUUGUCGAUGGAGGUGUUCGACGCGCUACUGACGUCAUCAAGGCUGUUGCCCUCGGUGCUACUGCAGUCGGUGUUGGGCGUCCGUUUUUGUACGCUUUCUCGUCGUACGGUGUAGAAGGUGUCGACAAGGCACUGCAGAUACUCCAUGAUGAAUUCGAGAUGAACAUGCGGUUGUUGGGUGCUCGUAACAUCAAGGAAAUUGUCCCCGCCAUGGUGGAGGCAUCGUCGAUUCACUCGCAUAUCGUCUCCGUCCCGUCUGACCGUCUGUAUGAGGCCAACUACGAGAGCAUCCAGUCAGCACGGUUGCGGGAGAUCAAGCCGAGGAUGUGA